UUUUUCCACGCAAAUUUAUAAAACCACAAAAAUGGCUGAUUCUGUUUUAAAAAUGUCAGUCACUGUGAAACUAAGUGCAAAUGCAUGAACCUCAAUUUUACAUGCAGUGGUUGCCAGAAAGUUGUGCUCUCGCCAUCUUACAUUAGACCUGUCUAUGAAAAAUACAGCAAGACAAUGCAAUUAUUAGACCCGUUCAUAGUGUGGUCCCCCAAAUGUCCCUCUAUUUUGCUGGAAAGAUCUGUGCCGGCUUUUUGCCUUAGGGCAUUCAUAGUGAUCCAAAAAGGCAUGAUAUUUGUGCUCUCUCAUAGCGCAAUCCAGCGUCGGGGAAUGAGGUGACAGGUUAGUGGGAGGGGACGGUAGUGACGUGUGACAGAGCAGCAGCAGUGCUUGUUUACGAUCAGCGGCGGAAUGGAAUGGGUGUGAGGUUGGACCCAAGAACAGUACAGACUGAGGCCAGCAUUGGAACAGUUCAACAGUUAAUUAACAAAACAGGGUCGCAAUAAUCCACAGCAGAAUGAUGUCCUCUGAGGGAGCACUGGCCGCAGCUGAACCCAGGUUACAUCGUCUCUCUGCUUGGUUUGACCCUGAAUCUGCUGCGGUUGUGACCAUCCUGUUGGGACUGUUCCAGGUGGUGCUGUCUGUCCCACUCGCUUAUGUUGACCAUAAUCUGCCAAAACUCUUCAUUCUGCCACUGGUCUUAGGAAUUCUAAUUGUGGCAGGAGGAUCAUUUACCAUUGCCAAUGAGAGGAACUCCAGCGAACUACUGAUUCGAGGUUGUGCCUGCAGUAAUCUGCUGGGCCUGCUGGGGGCGCUGCUUGCCUUCUGCCUGUACUGCUACAGCCUCAGCACUGUAAAGAACAAAUCGCAGUGUGAACCAUCAUCUCACCAUGACUACUACGGCAGAGGGUGUCCUGGAGAAUACCUGGCGGCCUAUUGCUGGAGCUUGAUCCUGCUGCUGCUGCUCUAUGACACCGGGGCUAUGAUCCUGCACUGCCUUCUGUCUCUCUCUGCCCUCAAAAAACUAAGAACAGAUUGAUACAAACAAAGAAAUGUGAUUUAUAUACUGAAUUAUUUCGUAUCAGCAGAAGAAUUUAAAAGAAAACACGUAAUACCCUUACACAAUUAGUGUUGAUUCUGCAGAUACAGAUUUGAUGAGUUCCAUUCAAACCAAAACGUGACCUCAGUGUAACAACAAUUACAGACAGAGAAAAAUUAUUCUCAUAUCAUCUAAUGUAAUAUAUAUAUAUAUUUAUAUAUAUAUAUAUAUAUAUAUAUAUAUAAAAUCUAAGCGAUCCUUAUCAUGAUUGAUUGGUACACAAGUUAUAAUGUAACUGGUAUAAAAUGAGGCUUAACGCUCACAGAGCUUCUCUAAGCUAAAUAACAUGCAGAAUUGGUGUCCUCAUUCUGGGGCACAAACAUUUUCAGAGAUCAUGAAUUCAGUUUAAAGUUUAUUGAUUAGAUUCCAACAAAUUAAUUUAAAUUUCAAGUUAUUCUUCAGAUUCAGUUUUUCAAUAUAAUUAUUUUAGUUAAACAAUAUAUGUUCUAUAUGUGUGAUGGAAAUUCAGAUUGUUACUGCAGUUUUUAAAAUUCAUCAACUUAUAUAUAAAAUUAUUCAAACAGAGUUUUAGUGACAAAUACUAGUAACCUUUUUUUAAAUGCCAAAAAUAUGAAUAUAUGACAAAAUGACAAAUGUAUUACUGUAAAUAUUAGAAACGAAUCUAUCAGCAAACUUAACUGUGCAUAUGGUUAGCAGAUAGUCUAAAAAAACAAAAUCCUUGGCAACAGAAAUAAAAGUUGCCUGUCUCACUGCAGAUCCAUGAGAAGAUGCCCAGCUUAUAUAUGCCAGUCAAUAUUGAUUACCCUGAUCACUCUACAUACAGUACAGGCCAAAAGUUUGGACACACACCUUCUCAUUCAAUGCGUUUUCUUUAUUUUCAUGACUACUUACAUUGUAGAUUCUUACUGAAGGCAUACUUAACAAAAAAGUGUGAAAUAACUGAAAACAUGUCUUGUAUUUUAGAUUCCUCAAAGUAACCACCCUUUGCUUACUAGAAUAUAAGACAUGUUUUCAGUUAUUUCACACUUUUUUGUUAAGUACAUAAUUCCACAUGUGUUCAUUAAUAGUUUUGAUGAAUCUACAAUGUAAAUAGUCAUGAAAAUAAAGGAAACGCAUUGAAUGAGAAGGUGUGUCCAAACUUUUGGCCUGUACUGUAUAUCUAUUUAUUUUGUUUUUACAUUGUGUUUUAUGGUGUUUUGUAGAUUCAUGUGUUUUUACAAUUUUAUAAAAAUAAAUCGAAUAUAAAGAGAAUAAAUGCACAUCUGUGUCAGUCAACCGGAGUAAUAAUUGAGCAAUAGCUUUUUUCUGUAUUAGGCUCAAUGGUCUUCAUAGUUUUUACCUCUGUAUAAAUGUAAGGGAAGGAAACUAACCAAUGGAUUACAUUAUUGUGCUGCUGUUAUUGUGUCCACGCCCUGUAUGUGUUUAAAUAUGUAUCCUAUUCAAAUGGAAUUAACUAGUGUGAUGCAAUACACUGUUUAAGAUUAAUAAAACUAAUAAUCUAGGGAAACAUUUUCAUCAGUGGAUCGGAUGCAGCAUCUGUAAAUGUCUACAACUUCAAAUGCAUUGAUGCAAAAUCACAGCUUCAAAUGUAUGCACUGAAUCAGUAAUGAUGCUUGUUUUUACACAACUAUUAAACAAAAUUACACACAAA